CUCAACCCAGCCCAGAGUUCACUCACUCCCAUCUGCUAAUCUAUCACUUUCACUCAGCCUCUUCUCCGUUCUCCCUCCCCACCCCCCACACUUCUUCUCCCCUCUUAAUAUCUCCCCCUUGGGUAUUCUCACAUAUCUCACCAUGUUCCGCGCCGCUGUCGUCCGCUCCCUCCGGGCCUCUGUCCCUCGUGCCGUCAAGACUGCGGCUCCCUUCCAGAUCCGUAGCUCUGCUGUCGCUCGCCCGGCCCAAUUCGCUCCUCGCUUCGCCUACCAGGGUGUCCGUCUCUACUCCGCUCCUGCCGGUCUCAACAAGGAGGAGGUCGAGGGCCGCAUUGUCAACCUGUUGAAGAACUUCGACAAGGUUUCCGACGCCAGCAAGAUCAACGCCGCUUCUCACUUCACGAACGAUCUCGGUCUGGACAGCUUGGAUACCGUUGAGGUCGUCAUGGCCAUCGAGGAGGAGUUCAGCAUUGAGAUCCCCGACAAGGAGGCCGACUCCAUCCACAGCGUCGACAAGGCUGUUGAGUACAUCCUUGCCCAGCCCGAUGCUCACUAAAUACCCGCGUAAUGAGGAAUCGGGAAGUUGUUGGAGGAUUAGAAUAGAAGAAAUCGAAAGGGGAUGAUGGCGUGCAUCUACAGGAAACUCGCCACUGCGGAGACUCCGGGUAGCUGGGGAUGCUACCCUGUAUGCUGAUACAUGCCUGUGCUCUUUCAUACUCUACUAUAUCGUGUAUAUCACCUUUGGGAAUGCCGUUCUGACCGAUAUGA